CUUCGGCGCUUGGAGAUAAUCCGGGCCGACGCUAAUUGUUGGCGAUGUGGCAUGUUUCCGAACAUCUACGUUACGGCCUUUCAACGCGCGCUUUCAUUUUCCCGUAUAAAACAACCCCGGGGCGACCUUGCGUUCGACACCCGCUGUCUCACUCACCUCUCCCUUCUUCUGCGUCCCACCCACUAUUCACAACAUGAGCUCAGAAGCGCCACCGCAGCCUGAAGGGCCUCCGCAAGGUCCACCUCAAGGACCACCCCAAGGAAUGCCCAUGGGCCCACCGCAACCAGGCCAACAGCCCACGCCAGAGCAGAUAGCGCACAUGCAACGCCAACUUGCUAUCGAGGCAGAAAAGGCCGGCAUGACCGUGCCCGAGUACAUCAACCGACUCAAGCAGCAAGCCAUGGCACAGCACCAAGCGCAGUUGCGCCAGCAACAGAUGCAGCAGCAACAGCAGCAGCAGCAGCAGCAGCCGAUCCAGCCAGGACCGCCGCAGCCAGACGCGAUCGCGCUUGCAAAUUGGCUGAAGAACCAGGACUUGAAGCCGCGCACAGUUAUCCACGACGAGAAGCGCAAAGACAUGUUUCGAGUCAAGCGUGCAAUCCGCGCACUCAUGUCUCCAGCGUACGAGAAGGCGUGCUCCAAGAACCCCAUCCUUCCCAAAGUGAACGACCGCGUCACCGCCGAGAACGCGUUCAAGAAGCUCCCGCUCUCCCUUCUUGCCCUCCGCGUCAACAAAGUAGAUCCUGACCACGCGCAUGACGGCCACAACCACGCCAAAGCCAAGCGCGUCAAGGGCCUCUGGACCGUUCGCAUCGAGCAGCACCAGGAAGCCAACGACGACUGUUACUACAUAUGGCUAUACGAGGGCUCGCAGUGGAAGCAGAAGCUAUAUGCGGUCGGUGCGCUCGUCGGUAUCCUUGCCGUCGUGCUCUUCCCGCUAUGGCCGAUGAAGCUGAGGCUCGGCGUGUGGUACCUUAGUAUGGGCAUGCUCGGUCUCAUCGGUCUGUUCUUCGCCAUGGCUAUCUUCCGAUUGAUUCUUUUCAUCAUCACCAUGUUCACAGCGGCUCCUGGUCUAUGGCUAUACCCUAACCUUUUCGAGGACGUGGGCUUCUUCGACUCGUUCCGGCCGGUCUGGGCAUGGCAAGAGACACCCGAGGACAUCAAGAACAAGAAGCGCGCAAAGAAGGAGAAGAAAGCCGCCAAGCUCGCUGCCAAAGCCGCGGGCACACCCCUCAAGCCCGCAAAAGGCAAAAAGGCCAUCUCUGGUACCGCAACACCCCAGCCCGAAGCCCAGGCCGAAGCUGCUGCUCCCGCACCCGCCCCCGUCGCGGCAGAGUCAGCACCACAGCCCACGGGUUCAGAAGCUGCACCCCCGAGCGGCACCGUCUCACAGCGGCCGCCGCGCGCGACGGUGGAAGAGGCCGAGGACGACGAGUAG